UUUAUGACAGUGUGAUGUGAUGUGAUGCGGUCCGUCCGGAUGUAAAACUGCAUAGGUGGAGCGAAAAUGUGAUGUGGACGUACAUUUUUGGCAGCCGAAAAGGACCAUUUUUCUACUGAGUUGAUGUCAUUUUUGCCCAUAUCACCGAAGAAGUUAGAUAUGAAAUAUUAAUCACUUGGCUUAUCUUGACGAAAAAUGAAUUGGGGAGAGGAGCUCUGGGACCAGUACGGCCAACUGGAGAAGCACACGGAAAAGGGCAUUGAGUUCCUGGAUAAAUAUUGCCACUUUGUCAAAGAGCGACAGCGGAUUGAGACCGAGUAUGCCUCAGCGCUCAAGAGACUCAUCAAGAACUAUCAACCAAAGAAAAAAGAAACAGAAGAUGUCACAUUCUCGACGGUGACGUCUUUCAAGAGCAUCUUGACGGAGCUGCAGGGCGUGGCCAACCAGCAUGACCUGGUAGCCGAGGGGUUAAUGACCCGGGUCACCAAGGAGGUGCAGACGGCUAUCCAGGAGUUCAAGCAGGAGCGCAAGAAGCUGCUGCAGGAUGCCAGGGCCAAGGAGGCGGCCAAGGACAGAUCCAUCAAGAAGAUGGACCAGACAAGGGACUCCUACAGGCAGGCGUAUAACUCAUUCAUCGCUGCCAAGCAACAGUAUGAAAAGGUGGAAAGUGACCUCAAUCAAAGUAGGGCUCAACUGCACAAGAGCAAGAGCAACAUGACGCAGAAGGACCAACAACGAGAGGACGCAAAGAAUGAGUAUAUCCUGCAGCUGGCUCAGACAAACAAGGACCAACAGGACCACUACUACAAUCAACUACCCGGCGUCUUUAAUAAACUACAAGAGAUGGACGAGAGGAGGAUAAUGAAGAUCAGCGAGUACUACAAGGAAUAUGCCCAAUGUCAUCGCAAUGUGCUGCCCAUCAUUGGCAAAUGCCUGGACUGUAUUACACAACACGCUGAAAAUGUCAGCCAAAACGAGGACUCCAAGAAGGUCACGAUAAAGUACAAGUCGGGUCUGGUACCGCCUGAGGACUUCCAGAUGAUGGAUCUAGACGAACCCCCCAAGGAGGAACCUGAGACCAAGCCGGACACGGUCUCAGGCAACAGCGUGUCCAGCGCCAACAGCUCGGGGGGCACCAUAUCUGGAAAGACAAAGAAAGCCAGGCGGGGGCUCAAGAUCUUUUCAAAGGACGAAGAUGGGUUGGGGCGCGGCAGCAUACGCAGGUUAAAAAUCCCGCACACGCCGUCCUUUAGGCGGAAGCCGGAACCAUCAGAAGACUUCAGCCAUUUGCAGCCUGCUCAACAAAAGCGCGAACUCCAGAAGAAAAUUGAUGAGCUGCAAGAGAAAGUGUCAUCGGAAAUCAAAUCCAAGGACGCAGUGCUGAAGAUGAGGGAUGUGUACUCCCAAAACCCCAGCCUAGGAGACGCGGCAUCACUAGAGCCACAACUGAUGGAGAUAGGAGCAAGGCUGGACUCACUGCGACUUGAGCUACAAAAGUACCAAAAGUUCAUGGGCUAUACAGCGUAUAGUCAUAAAGAGACUAACUCACUACCGUCGAAUAGUAACUACAUGGCGACAGCUGAGGGCAAACCCUUCACCCCGCAGGGCACGCCCCAGGGGACACCCCAGGGCACGCCCCAGGGCACGCCCCAAGCCACACCCCACAGCACCCCCAUAGCGGACAGGGCGGGCGGCAUGAAGGCCGGCUCCACCCACAGCCUGGAGAAAGGAGGGGAGGCAGGUUUUGAGGACCAGCGGUCGGGCUCCAACCAGUCUAGCCCGUCGCGAGAGCUGCCGCGGAACGAGGACACCACCGACCACGCGUUGUCACCAGGGGAAAGCCUGACAAGUCCUGUCUCUUCCAGACAAGAGAGCUUUUAUGAAGACCUGGAGGACGAGUUUGAAGAUCAUCCGCAAGUCAAAGCCAAGUUUCCGUUUCACAGCGAGGAUGAGAACUCUCUAAGCAUGGAGAUAGGCGAUGUACUAGACGUCAUGGAGGAGGACACCGGUGACGGCUGGACCCGGGUCAGGAAGGGACACGACGAAGGCUUCGUGCCAACGUCCUACCUGGACUAUGAAUCAUGACGACCGAGUCUGCAGACUUCCUAAAAGGAAAGAGAAAACAAAUUGCUUUGUGUCUGGCCAUCAAGACUUGGUGCUUUUUACUGAUGUGUUGUGUUUUGGUGUGUCGUAGUGGAGGACACUUUUACAUAAGAACUCCUAGAUCCUUCAAAAUUCACCACGAGGUUUUGGAGGGUUUAGGCCAAAAAAAAAAAAGUCUCCGGUUUCUGGUAUGCGCGCGCGUCGCCGUAGCCAUG